CCCGGGUUUCAGGAAGCCCAGGCGGUGAGGAUUUCUAGCGGUGCUGUGCGCAGCUAUGAGCUCCGCGCGGAGCCCCGGGGCUCGCCCCGCAGGUGAGGAACAAAACGUGACAGAAACAGAUGCCUUCUACAAAAGGGAGGUAUUUGAUCCAGCAGAACGGUACAAGAUGGACCACAGGAGGAGAGGAAUUGCCCUCAUCUUCAAUCAUGAGAUGUUCUUGUGGCAUUUGACACUGCCAAACCGGCGGGGCACCCAUGCUGACAGGGACAACUUGACCCGCAGGUUUUCAGAUCUAGGAUUUGAAGUGAAAUGCUUUAAUGAUCUCAGAGCAGAAGAGCUGCUGCUCACAAUUCAUGAGGUAUCAACCUCAAGCCACGUAGACGCCGAUUGCUUUUUAUGUGUUUUCCUGAGCCAUGGUGAGGGCAAUCACGUCUAUGCGUAUGACGCCAAAAUUGAAAUCCAGACAUUAACUGGCUUGUUCAAAGGAGACAAGUGUCAGAGCCUGGUUGGGAAACCCAAGAUAUUUAUCAUUCAGGCAUGUCGGGGAGACCAGCACGACGUGCCAGUCAUUCCUUUGGAUGUGGUGGAUCAUAAGACAGACAAGCUGGACAACAACGUAACGGAGGUGGAUGCAGCCUCAGUGUACACACUGCCUGCUGGAGCUGACUUCCUCAUGUGCUACUCUGUUGCAGAAGGCUAUUAUUCUCACCGAGAAACUGUGAAUGGCUCAUGGUACAUUCAAGAUUUGUGUGAGAUGCUGGGGAAAUACGGUUCCUCCUUAGAGUUCACUGAGCUCCUCACCCUGGUGAACAGGAAGGUUUCCCAGCGCCGAGUGGACUUCUGUAAAGACCCAAGUGCAAUUGGCAAGAAGCAGGUUCCCUGCUUUGCCUCCAUGCUAACUAAAAAGCUGUAUUUUUCUCCAAAAUCUAGUAAGUAGGGACUGUUUUGCCUUAUUAUCUCUAUUCCAUAAACACUUCCCUUUUUAUAUAAUUGUCACUAGGUGGAAGUGUAUGGUCCAGCAAUCUAAAAUGUUGCAGGGUUUAAUAACCAGCAGAGAAGUACCUUUCUUUUUUAAUAGUUCAUGUGGACAUGGUGAAAGGGGUUGAAAAGAAAUCCUCAGGAAAUUACAUAAAGAUCUAUAAGCAUUUAUUAAGGGUUUUUUCUUUUUAGUAAACUGCAAAUAUAAACAGUAAAUACCUGGCUGAUUUAACUUCUAUUUUGUACCAGUUUUUAUAGAAUUUUAAUGUUUUUAAAAGUUUUUGAAACCCAAGAAUGAUUGUUUUCCUUCAAUAAGAUACUUGAAAUUCAUGUUUUAUUAAAUUUUUAAAAUUCGUCUUAUUUAUGCUAUUUGUAGUGGACUUGGUCAUGUAUGUUCACUGUCUCAUGUA